UUUCCUUUCGCUUUUCCCCCCAUAUUUAGAAAAAAACCCCAAAACUAUACCAUCCCUCUCCGAGAGAGAGAGAGAGAGAGAGAGAGGCGAUGUCUCUGGGUUACGCAGAGAAGCUCUCGUACAGAGAAGAUGUAGGCACCGUCGGCAUGUCUGAGAUUUUCGACCCAGCCAACGUCUUGGAGGAAAAGAUUGCAGAGCUCGCAACACUUAUACAGAAGAGCAAACAUCUUGUGGCGUUUACGGGGGCUGGGAUAUCAACUUCUUGUGGAAUUCCUGAUUUUCGAGGACCUAAGGGAGUUUGGACUCUUCAGCGUGAAGGAAAGGGCAUUCCAUGAAGCAUCUCUUCGCAUUUUCAUCGUGCAAUGCCUAGUUUGACACAUAUGGCCUUAGUUGAAUUGGAGAGAGCUGGUAUCCUGAAAUUUGUCAUCAGCCAGAAUGUAGACAGCCUUCACCUUCGCUCUGGAAUACCGAGGGAGAAACUUGCUGAAUUGCACGGGAAUUCCUUUAUGGAAACUUGCCCUUCUUGUGGAGCAGAGUAUCUUAGGGACUUUGAGAUUGAGACUAUUGGAAUGAAAGAAACUUCAAGACGGUGUUCUGGUUUGAAGUGUAGGGCCCGGCUAAAGGACACUGUUCUCGACUGGGAGGAUGCUCUACCACGAAAAGAGAUGGAUCCUGCGGAGGAGCAUUGUAAGAAAGCUGAUGUUGUUUUAUGUUUAGGGACUAGUUUGCAGAUAACUCCUGCUUGCAACUUGCCUCUUAAAGCAAUCCGUGGUGGUGGAAAAAUUGUUAUUGUCAAUCUUCAGAAAACUCCCAAAGACAAGAAAGCAAGCUUGGUGAUUCACGGGCGAGUUGAUAAGGUCAUUGCAGGAGUUAUGCACUUCCUUAAUCUCCGGAUUCCUCCAUAUAUCCGUGUUGAUUUUGUCCAGAUCAGUUUUUCACACUCACCAAAAAAGAAAACUUAUUUGAAAUGGAUUCUCAAGAUACAAAGUAUACAUGGACCUAGCGCUCCUCUGCCUUUUCUCAAAUCCGUUGAGGUUUCUUUUCCUGAUAGACCGAACUUGAAACCUGCCUUCCUGCAAAAACAACCAUUUCGUCUAAAGAGAGAAACAGCAAGGAAAAAAUCAUUCAAAAUGCUAUUGAGGUUCAAUCUCAGUGAUGGCUGUGGUUGCUCACACACUAUAAUCGAGUGGCCAGUUAAUUUCUGGAGAAAAAAGGAAAGCUUUUCUCAUGAUAAGAACGAGGUCAUCCGGAAGCUGAGAGAUGCUGCAGAGGACGAAUCCUCAUGCGGGCAGAAUGCUAUUGUCGAGAUGAAAGAUCUUCCAAAAUUUGAAUAUACCAUAAACGCCAUCGUCACAAACGCUCAUAAAUGGGACGUUGUAGAAGACGAUAAAGCGACUGAAAUCGCCUCCAACGGCAAUGGAAGCGUGGCCAAGAGGUGCAACGAGACUGAGAACGGUAACGGCUUGUCCUCGAAGAGAUCCAAGUUAUCCGGAAGCGACGAAGAUUUGUAAGUUAUAAGAGAUCCAAGUUUCUCGGGUCUUCUUUUGUGUAAUAUAGAAUGGUGAUGUAGUUGCAGCUUACGUAGAGCUUUUUAGGGCAACUUAAAAGCUAGUUGCGUUUAGGUAGUAGGAAGAAGGGGAGCGGAGCAGGGUGAAUUUUGCAAUCCACGCCCGGUCUCUGGCUGUAGUGGUAGGUUGUGAGAAAAGGACGAGGUAAUUUAUUGGUGCUCAGAGGCUUAAAAUAUUUGGGGACUCGGCGUAUGAGAUGCUAUUAAUUUUUAUGUUUGGGUUUUCUUUUGUAGAACCCUAUGAAAUCUCCCAUUAAACAAAGUAAAGUUUAAGUGA